UAUGGCAGUGAACACUUGAGUCUUGAGUUGGACGUUUUGAAAAAGAUAAUUUUGGUUCUAUAUUCUUUAACUUGUUAUACUCAAUAUAUGGAUCCAUACCAAGAGUAUAAUUACGGGCCACAUUAUGACGAGGGACCAAGAACUGCUGAUCCUGCAUCCUCGUACGGCUACGGAGGGCCCAAUUACAAACCUCCAGUCAAGUUGGGCAAUUUCAAUCGCGGAACAGCGCCGAGGAUGAGGAGACCGAGUAGGUCAUUCCCUCCACCUCGCGGUCGAGGAUUUAUUAAACCUCCACCCAGACCCCGAGACCCUGGUUUACUUGACCCUCCACCACCACCACACGAUCCUUAUCAGGCUUAUGACGAUUAUUAUCGUCGUGAUUUUAUUGAUCAUCAAGCACCUCCCGAAGUUCCGUAUGCACGGUAUGGUCGUGAUUCAGUGAACCACCCACCCCAACCUCGGAAUUUCAGACCAGAUAAUCGGAGAAUGACAAGACGUCCAUUUAGAGGUUCAACAGUUAGCAGAACUAGUUGGGUUAAUCCCAAUCGAAAAGCAAAGCCUUCGCAUGAUCAGAGUUUAGGUUCAUCAAGUGGGUUUGAUUUUGAGACAGCGAGGCCUGUUCCUACUGACGCAGUGUCAAAUAGUAUGGGUGACAAGCAUGAUGUGAAUAAUCAUAAAGAAGAGAAAAAAACAGAUCCAAAACAACAUGAAAUGGAGAAAAAAGAGGAAAGUUCAGAAAAGCAGAUGGUAGACAAGACUGAUCCUCCUAAACCCGAGGAAACAUCGGUUGAUAGGAAAACAGAAACACAGUCAGUAUCUGGAAGUUCUAAUUCAGACCCAGCUGGAGGAUCUAAUUUAGAUGGCAGUGAUUACUGUUCUCUUUGCAAGAUCAAGUUUCUUAGACCAGAGCAAUACACGGCUCACGUGCAUGGUAUGAUACAUAUACAGAAGAUGAAGAAAGUUAACAAGCAAAAACAAGAUUUGGUUAAUAAAGAUGGGUCAGAGAAGUCCGAGGUAUCUGAAACUACAGUGACAUCGACUUCAAGUGCAGUGACUUCUUCAGGAAGAAUUCUUCCCCAGAGUGCUUUGUUGACUUCUAAUAGAUCUACAACAGAUGGGGCCGAAAAGAAUGAAGCUGCUAAGUCAUGUCACUGUGAUAUUUGCAAAAUAACCUUUGAGCGACCUGAGAAUUACGAAGCUCAUACACGUGGUAUGAUGCACUUGAAGAUGUUGGAGAAGGCCAAGGAGCCACGCCAGUUAACAGUGACAGGAUUUGAGAAAAAUUACAAGGUAGAUACAGUUACGGAUGAACCAGAAUAUCUAGAUGACCAUGAUGCAGAUCUUGACAGCAAAACCAUGGAAGAGUUCCUUUACAAGUUUGGAAUCACCAAAGAGCAGCACAUGUCUGCUAGUCUACAGAAACCGGACCCCGCUGAACGAGAUCUUCGCCUUGAGGACUGUGGGAAAGUGAUCUUCAAGAAGGAAUUCCAUUGCCAGCUGUGUGAUGUGAAGUGCACUGGUGUUCAAAGCUACCAGAGUCACUUGCAAGGUUACAAGCACAAGGCAAAUGUUAACGCUGUUUCCAACGGGAAGAUCCCUUAUAACAAGAGAAAGCCUACUGGUAACAAGAUUCCUGUUGAACAUCUGUUGAAAAUGAGGCAGUCUCGCAUUGAAGCCAUCCUCAGAUCAGUCAGUGACGAAGCAGUUAUUGGUCUGAAUUACAUCACAGAGUUCCAGCGGAGAGACGUGAAUGCCAUUGUCCAGUACGUGUGCAAUCUCUGUGAGGCCAAGUGUGAUGAGAAGACCAUCAAGUUCCAUAUUACUGGCAGCAAGCACAGAACAAACUAUAUGAAAAUCCUGCAUCAAGAUGUCCUGCCCCAAAUGAAGAAGUACGGUGCUAGGAGUAAACAGAAUUUAAUGGAGUUUCUCGACCAGAUGUCUGUUGACAUGGAGAUGUCCGACGGUCGAGGGCAGGUCAAGCUGGAAAUCAUUGAAGAUGAAGAUCCUAUUCCCAUGUCAGAAAUAGACCUCGACACACUUUUCAAAAAGAGUGGAAAGUUGAAUCCAGAUGGUGCACAGAAUAGAGAUUCCCCAUUUAGCAAGCCAUGGCAGUAUCCAUUGUCGGAGAGACCUCAUUUUGAGGGUCAAGACAGACACUUUGACAGGCCUCAUGACAGACAACUUGACAUGCCUCAUGACAGACAACUUGACAUGCCUCAAGACAGACAUCUUGACUGGCCUCAAAACAGACACUUUGAUAGGCCUCAAGACAGACAACUUGACAUGCCUCAAGACAGACACUUUGACAGGCCUCAUGACAGACAACUUGACAUGCCUCAAGACAGACAUAUUGACAGGUUUCACAAAGAUCCUCCCACCCACUGGUUACAUCAAGAUGGACCUGAUCCACCUAAUCCACCAUAUGACAUCAGGGAUCAAGAUCCACACUUCAACAGGUUUAAUCCAGAUCCAUAUAGGGAGAUCUCAGAUCUGGACCAACACCGAAGGCCAGGGUUGGAUCCUUACUUUGAUGUGCAGGGUCCAGAUGAACAUAUGAAUAGACCGAUAUGUGAUCCAUAUUUGAGUGAAGUACAUGAGGAGGAACAUUUUGUUGACAGCUGGAGCCCCGAGGCUCGAUUGAAGAGACUUGAAGCAGCACUGAAACAGCAGAACACGCAGUCACCGAGUCCCAAAGAUGUUAACGCUAAUGAGGAAUCGGCAGCCGAGAAAAUUGAUAGAUUAACACGGCAGGUAAAACAUCUUGAAAGUCAGCCAUUUCUGACAAACGAGGACGUGAAACUGCUGGCAUUGAAGAAGUGGGACCUGAAUCGGGAACAAAGACGAACGCAGGAAAAAGACCGGCUAGUUCAGAAACACCAACGGCUGGCUGCCCUGAACGAUCUCGGCGACAGACUGAGCUCCUUUCAGAAGCAGGUGGCCCUGGAUGCGUUUGACAGAGAGAAACCUGGAGGCAGCACAAGUGAUAAAUUAAUGAUGGAAACCGGCAGAAGAUCAGACAGGAAACCUCUUGAAUAUCCAAACAGCUCUGAGAAAGACCCAGUACCCUUCACCACUAGCAUCGAUGAAGUAGACCUAGACAGGGAGUUGUGGGAAGACCACCUGCUCAGAGAGAAACUAAAGAUACCUUUUGAAUAUCGUCCAGAACUUGAUAAGCCAAGUGAUGAAAAUCCACCAAUAGAAUAUCCACACUCAUCGACGAUUGCGACACCAGUGAGACCAGAGUGUUUGGGAAGACCGCCAGGCCAGUUCAGUCGAGAAUUCCCACACUUUGCAGAAGAAAGACCUGGAUAUGUUCAGAAUGCAGCAGCAACAAAUGAGACGUAUCCACACAAUAUACAUGUGAAUUCAGGAUUAACUCCAACUGGCCCAGGACAGUCAAUACCAUCACAGACAAUACCACUGAAUCCUGGAUAUCUACAAAAGACAACACCUAAUUUGGGAACUCUACAGCAUGCACCACUGAAUCCUGGAUAUCUACAAAACACAACACCUAACUUGGGAACUCAACAAAAUGCACCUGUGACUCCAGGACAGCCAGUGUAUACAGCUGGCAAUGCAGGCUAUCCACAAAAUAUCCCAGUGAACUCUUGGUAUCCACAUAAUGAUCCACAAAAUGCACUCUCACACUUGGGACUUCCACAAGGUUCAGUGGCAAAUCAACCUUUACAGAAUACAGCAGCACAAAACCAAAGUCUUCCACAGAAUGUGCUGCCAAACUCAGGCCUCCCAGCAAACAUACAGUCCGCACCAAGUCAGUCUGUGAACACAGGGACAACACAAACCACAAAACAAGCAACAUCUACACAGGUUGCAUCCGACAAAGGCAUUGACCCUAAUCAGAUCGGAAUUCUUUUACAAAAACUGUCGAGUUCUCUUAUCACCAAUGAGGAGGAAGCUGCCAUGGCUCUACAAGUAUCAAACGCACUCACACAGGCUUUACUGUCAUUCAGACUGAAGUCAUUACCGGGAGAGGCGGAUGCAGCCACCAAAGCUAUUGCUCAGAUAAAGGAGACACAGAAGUUAAUUGAGGAGAAACAGAGACAGUUAGUGAAAGCAAAGCUCAAAAAGAACAAGGAAUCAUUGAAACGCCAGCACUCCUCCGACAGCCCAGCUGACUCUCCAUCAACGAAGAGGCAACCCACGGGACACCAUGACGGCGACAGAGAGAGGAGAGAGAAACAUGGGAGAACCCCAUACACUCAUGGGAGGGACUCGGAGUCCCAGAGAAAGAAGGGAUAUUCUCAAGGGAUGAAUCCGCAGGCUGAAGACAGGAAGCAUUCCCAGACUCAAGAUUUGAAGCAGCAGGUGCCUAGAAUGGUUCCGCCACCUGACAAUGUGGGUUCCCUGUCUCCAGCAAUGAAUUCACCGACUCCGCCAUCAUAUCAGCCAAUUUCAAGAAUGCCACAAUAUGCUGGUUCUAACGACGUUAUGUACUCUUCCAAUUACAUGCCAAACCAGUAUGUAAUGCACCCCCCACCAGCUCCACCACUGCCUUUCACGGCACCACCCGAAAAACCUCCCCCACCACCGGGUCCACCUCCUAAUACCUGAUCUCUUUGAUGGUACUUCUUCUCUUUUGCUGAUAGCAGGAAAUGAUGUCCUGUGUUGACUGGCAAGAUUUGUUGACUGGUGGAAGACCCGUAUUUGAAACCAGAUUUAAACCAGUGUCUGCCCACUAUCAUACUAAUAAUUAAAACCACUAAAAUCAAGUCAGUGCCAGUGGCAAGGGCUACAGGAGGUGUUUUCUUGCAACAACAAUUCUGGAUACAGUUUUUGUGUUAAACAACAUUCUGGAGUUCAUAGACUUAAUCUUUUUGAUGAUACGUCUUUUAACUCUGUGCUUGCUGAUAGCAGAAAAUGCUGCCAUGUGUUACAUCUUACCGAAACACUGCCGUCAAGAUUUGUUGAUAAGUGGAAGACCCGUAUCCACUAACAUACUAAUAAUUAAAAUCACUGAAACAAA